AGAAACACUAUUUGAAACCAAAGCGUUGACUUCUCAUCAUUUGAACUCAUCCACUCUGAUUACAGUGCUUUCCCAGUUUUUUCCAUCUCUUUGUGUCUCAUUGCGUUUCAAUCUUUACUUUGGAGCCUCUCCAUUUACUAUAUUCACAUCAUCUAGGGGAGAGAGAUGGCUCCUUCUAUCAAGAAUCUGUCGGGCUAUUUGAGAAGCCUGAGUGGAAUGAGGGUUCAAGAAAGUGAAUACGUUGAUGGGGAUCUUCCCUGGAACGCAUCACAGCUUUCAGCUGUUUUCUGCUAUGUGAUAAAGUUCUGCUCCAACUCUGAACAUGAUGCACUUAGUCACAAAAUAAGAGCUCUGGAUGAAUUGGCUUCAGAUUGCAUCUUUGGCUCAAACUCUGAAGUUUCCAGGAAUUUUUCAGAGAUGGUUGCUUCAAUCAUGCCAGAUCUUCAGAAGUUCUUCGUGGUUCCGAAGUUUUCAGAUACCAGUCUCCAGGGAAAUGAACUUGUAAUCAGCUUCGUCAACUUCCUCCUUCAAGUACUAGAUUGUAAAACUGAUCCGAAUAUCCCAGGUGACGAUCUGAUUGGCACUCUUCGACAGGAGCUGAAAUUUCUUGUCACCGUUCUCGGUGAUAGGCCGAUGCUCAUCUCUGACCUUCAGGAAGUCAAGACUCUCUUGGAAGAAUUUGAGGCUGUGGCCGAUGAAGCUGGAAAAGUAGUUUUUUCCAGUUUUUUUGUCAUGGAUCGAGUCAUAGCCAGCAGCACGAAUGCAGGGCUCCAGAUUUUGUUGGGAAAGAUUGAGCUUUUGAAUGCUGAGAUUAAAGAGCACUGCGUCAAAUUCUCAAAGCUGGAGAGUUGCAUAACCCCGCAGACUGCUGUGGAUUCUCUCUUCAUUGUUGAUUCUGUCCUUGAUGAUAUGAAGCAAGUAAUGGAUGCCAAAGCUGACUUAAUUGAUGACCUGAAGGAUCAUAUUAGAAUUCUCCAUGAGGAUUUGAUGUUCUUGAGAUCUAUCCUCAAGGAUAUAAAACAGCAGAACCCUGAAAAGGUUGAAGAAUCCAAAGAAGCUGUGAAGCAAGUCGGGGAUUUGGCUUGUGAAGCUGAAUAUCUCAUUAGUUCGUUCAAAGCUGGAGAUCUUCCUGUAUGGUAUCUCACCCUCAGGCUCCCUGAUGUUGUCAAGAACAUUAACCUUAUCAGGGCUGGAUUUGGAGAAACAAAGAAGAACUGUGACGUUGAAGUGUUUAAAGUUGCUGAAGAUUUUAGUGCAACAGUAUCAUUACAAGACACGACGAGUCCUACAGAUGAUAGCACCGUGGUGGGAUUUGAGAAAGAUGCAGACGAAAUUCUGGAUCAACUAAUAGGACAAACGGACAACCUUCAAAUUAUUACAAUCUGCGGCAUGCCUGGACUUGGUAAGACAACUCUAGCAAAAAAAUUGUACAAUGAUCUUGACAGCCACUUUGACAAAUGCGCAUGGUGUGUUGUUUCUCAAACGUAUCAGAGGAGAAGUCUGUUGACUGGCAUUUUGAGUUCACUAAGAGAGGUCGACAGGGAAACAGCCUCGAGCAUGGACGAUGCAAAGCUGGGGGAACGGUUGCAUAAAACUUUAAAGAACAGGAGGUACCUAGUUGUCUUGGAUGACAUAUGGGAUCCAAUUGUUUGGGAUGAUUUGAUGAGAUAUUUCCCAGAUGAUGGAAAUGGAAGCAGAAUAAUGUUCACCAGUCAGAUUAAAGAUGUGGCUCCGCCUGAUAGCGUUAUUCACCCGCUUCGUCUCUUGUCACAUGAUGAAUCUUGGGAGUUGUUACAGCUGAAGGCAUUUAAAGGAAAGCCUUGCCCUCAUAAUCUGAUGAACAUCGGUAAGAGAAUUGCUGGGCUUUGCAAUGGACUACCUCUUAUAGUAGUCGUUAUAGCUGGAAUUCUCGCUAAUAAGAAGGAAGAAACCGAGUGGAAAAAAGUGGAAGAAAGUUUAGGCUCCUACAUCUUUGCUGAUCCAGAGGAUCGCAUGAAGAAACUAGAACUCAGUUACAAACAUCUUCCGGAUCACUUAAAACCAUGCUUCCUUUAUUUUGGAGCAUUCCCUGAAGACGCUGAGAUCCCGACUUGGAAGUUGAUCUCAUUAUGGAUUGCUGAAGGAUUUAUAAAGGAAGAAGAGGAGAAGCUCCCAGAGACAACAGCAGAAGAAUACUUGGUGGACCUGAUCGACAGAAGCCUGGUAAUAAUUGCCAAACGUAAAUCCAGUAACGGAGUCAAAGCUUGCAGCAUCCAUGAUCUACUGCGUGAAUUGUGCUUGAGAAAAGCUCAAGAAGAAAACUUCCGGCAAUUGGCUAAAGUUAAAGAUGACAUAUGGAUCUACGAUAAGCACCGUAGCAGCCCCUCUUCAUAUCCAUCUCUGUCAAGACCUUAUGGCCUACACCUUGAAGAAUUUCUGCGCCAUCUUUCGGAUCCAUCCUGUUUACCGAGCAUGAAACUUGUUAGGGUCCUGGAUGUAUCCAGCAGAACGUUGGACAAAUACGAAGAGGAAAGAAUUCCACUGCUUCGUGACUUGAGGUACUUGGGAGCUGGUCGCAUACCAUCAUCCAUAAGCAGCUUUUGGAAACUGGAAUUUCUUCGUAUUGCAAGCGGAACGGUGGUCACUAUACCCUCUGACCUCCUGGAAUUUGUAAGGUUGAGAUAUGUUCACAUUGCAGCCCAAGCAAAGUUUGACAACGACUGCCGUGUUUCAAAAACAAGCAACCUGCGCACACUUUCCUUUGUUCGGAUCUAUAAGCUCGAAGAUGAAGAUAUCUUGAGAUAUUCUCCCAAUCUCCGCAAACUCAAAUGCAUAUGCCAACCGUUAUUGGUCCACAGGACUGCUGGAGCCUACCGCUAUCCUGAUCUCCGCUUCCUUGGCCAGCUUGAAUCACUCAAAAUGGAGUUCCAGAGUAGUUUCAGAAGCGAAUACACGGAGAUCAACUUCCCCACAGGUAUCAGAAAGCUUAAUCUAUCUAAAAUCAUGCUGCCUUGGGAGAAAAUCUCCGUGAUAGGCGAACUGCCAAACCUUGAGGUGCUCAAAUUAGCAUCCGAUGCCUUUGAGGGGCAACGGUGGAGGACGAGAAAAGGUGAGUUUCAGAAUCUUAGGUUCUUGAAACUGGAUAGGAUGAAGUUCUCGCGAUGGAACGUUGCUUCUAGCAGGCAUUUCCCUAAACUUGAGAGAUUGGUACUGCAUAAAUGCUACAAUCUGCUGAAGAUCCCUUCUCAGAUCGGCAACGUUCCGACUCUGCAGAUGAUUGAGGCGCAUUCUUGCGGCAUCUACGUGAGAAACUCUGCUCUGAGAAUUAAGGAAGAGCAAGAGGAAUAUGGAAAUGAAGAGCUCAAGGUGGUCAUCACUGGUGAUAUGUGGUAAAAGAGCAUGCAUGCCUUUAGUUGUUCUUUGCAAGUCCUAAGAAUUUGAUUCUUGAAACAUGUAUUAUUAGGAUGUUCUUCUCCUCUUGUCUUUGUUGUGCUAUUUCAGUACUCAUGGUCA